CAAAGAGUGAGCAUGGCGAUAAACAAACUAAGACUUGCAUGGGUAGAGAACAACAAGUCAAGAGCAAAAAAAUUGAAGAAAAUAAGGGUAUGGUUAAUGAAAAAGGUAGAAGAACUAACUAUAUUAUAUUGUGUGCUGUUAAGGCUUGUAUCAUUAUGUUCAGCCCUCAUGAGGUUGAGCCAAUGGUGUGGCCAUCUUUUGAGAAGGCUCGUGACCUCCUAGACGGUUUCUUUGCCUUACCGGAUAUCAAGAAGAAGAAGAAACAGAUGAGUCUUGAGAUGUACCUAAAGGAGAAGACCAAGAAGGUUCAUGAGCAGUUCAUGAAGACUCAAAGGAAGCACAUGGAUCAUGUCACCGAUCAGUUGAUGGUAGAACUGCAUCGUGGUCGAAGACUUGAUGAUCUUGACUUGAGUGAGAUUAAUGCAUUGAUAUCUUUUUCAAGGGAAAAUAUCAUACUUCUUAGGAAGGAGCUAGAGUUUGUGCAACAUUCCCCUCUUGGUGAUCCACGGGUGCCUCCAUUUGAGGCGCAAUUCGAAGAGCUCACGACUAUCGCAAAUGAUGUUUUUGUAAGAGGUGGUCAGGUUGAUGAGAGAGCCUGGAAGAAUUAUGAAGCAACAAAAAGGGUUAGCAUUGGUAAUGCACUAAGGGGGAAUCAAAGUCAUUACUUGGUGGAUAAAUGGCUUUUUGCGUCCCCUAAACCUAGAGAACCUACCAACCAAUCGAGAUUAACCUACCAAACCAUAUUCUAUACGAAGGAAGCAGUAGCAACGGAUGCCCUAAUUUGGAUAUAGAGCAAGUUAGGGUCCCAGCGAUGACUUUCCAUGGUUUGGUUGGGUCAGCCUCUCAACAGCUACAACAUCACAACAUCAUCAAUACUCCAACCAUCGAUAUGUGUGAACCAAGACAACACCCUUUUGAUUUCAUGAGCUGCGAGUUAAGAGUAAAAGAGGAAGGAAGCACUAUUAAGAAUGGGGACUCACAAUAUCACGAGGGGAGUAACAAUAGAGCAGUCAACGAUGGUAUCCGUCAAGAGCCACCUCCUAAUGGAACAAUCAUUGGACAAAGUAAUGGUGAGGAAGGUAAUGCUAAUGUGACGUCGUUUGAUAUCAAUAAGGUUUGACCGUCCAUUAACAAUCAUCAUAUCUAGACUUUUAGUUGGUAUAUUUGUUCUAUGUUUCGUAUGCAAUUUUUUGAAAUUGUGUUUGUUUGUGAAUUAUGGACCUUUUGUUGUUGUUGUUUUGGAAAACUUCAAUCGAAGUGUCCUUGAUUAUGCUUAAAUUAAUAAAUCACUAGAUUAAUCUUUUCAAUCCAAAAAAUAAAAUACUAAUUACUCGG